UCCGUCUUACCCGUGGGCACUCUAUAAGUCCCCGCUCGCCGUCGCGUCCACCUCUGCCACCAAGAGACAGAGCACAGGGGUCAUCCGUACGAUAAUUGCUGCCUACACGCACCCCUGGACGUGUGCAACCACUCCAGCCCCCGUCCGGCCUCACAGACCCCUUCUGGCCCCUCUCCCCUCAACUCCCCUCGCCAGAAUCCAGCAACGACCACGAUGGCGCGCGAAACCCCCCGCUACCAGCCCUUUCCCGCGCAGGAGAGCGAUCCCCUGCUGGGGCCCAGAUACGGGGCCAAAGACUCGCCCCUCAGCCGACUCCGCCGACAUCUCCGCACGGAGGUCAAUCCCCGCAGGGGCGACCUUCUCCUCAUCUGCUGCUACGUGAUCACGGGACUGUUGGACAGCGCGGCGGUGUUCAUCUGGGGCUCGUUUGUGAGCAUGCAGACGGGCAACACGGUGUACUUUGGGCUGGGGCUGGCCGGACUGGACGAGACGCAGCGCUGGCUGAAGUCGCUGAUCUCCAUCGGCAGUUUCUGCGUCGGCUCCUUCGCCUUUGCCUGGUUUCACCGCCUCUUCCGCUCGCCGCGCCAGCGCGCCGCCCUCGCCCUGUCAUUCACCCUGCAGACGGUCUGUGUCGCCGUCGCCGCGACCAUCGUCACCCUGAAGCAGACCGGUAGGGAUGACCUGCUGUCGUGGAAGAUCGCCGUGCCGCUGGCGCUGGUCGCGUUCCAGAGUAGCGGGCAGGCCGUCACCAGUCGCGUCCUCAGGUUUAGUAGUCUGACCAGUGUGGUCCUCACCAGUAUCUACUGUGACCUGUUCUCGUAUCCGGAGCUCAUGUCGACGAAUGCCAUCAAGGAUCCCGAUGAGUGGAGGCGGGUGGGAGCCGUGCUGGGACUGCUGCUGGGAACUCUGCUGGGGGGAUCGUGGGCCAAGAGCGCGGUCGGGCUGCCGGGCGCAUUGUGGACGGCGGUGGUCUUGAAGGGGAUGAUUGCCAUGGCCUGGCUGUGGUGGAGGGGCGCGGACGAGACAGAGCGACAGGAAGAGUAGUAGUUAGUGUGCUGCCUCGGGAGGUAGCCUCGGGGCUACUCGAUAAGAUUGGGAUCCCUGUCUUCAGGCUCCCGCUUAUAUUCGCCUGCAAUUUUGGGUGUUCCAUGUACCUGGUCAUCGUCAUCACACACCAACCAUGCAUCCUCCAUAUUACGCGGGGAAGUCAAGAACGUGUCAGUCGUAUUGCCUGAAGACCCAAAUAUUUGUAUUAACAACACACCAUACAAUCUACCUCGGUCCAGGUAUCGGCAAAGAGUAAUUAGGCCGACAUAUUCACUGCUCCCGGGCCCGAAUCAUCGCUUGUCCGCUUCGGCUUAACAACGAAUUUCCGAUUUUCAUUAUUCUGUCCAGUCCCCUCAUGACACCCCGCCUAUCCAUCAGAGUACAUCCUCACCACAGACUGACAAUUCUAGGCUUGCAAACCCCCACCAGGAUCGGGUCU